AUGACUACUUUGCAGAAAAAGUACUCUGGCUCUUCAGUGCUGGACAUUGAAAAGAACCAAGUCGUGGCCGUUGAAAAGCCCGUCCCAGAGAAGAAGAAGUUCAGAUGGAGAAUCGAGGACACUGACUCUCCUAGCGAGGUCUACAACUGGACCCUCUACCUUUCCGUCUUUGUGUUUGGUGUCUUGGGUGCCGCUCGUGGUCUUGAUGAGGGCUCCAUCUCUGGUAGUGUUGCCCAGGAUUCGUUCAAACAACAAUUUGGCUUGGCCGAUGAAUCGAAAUCCGCCAACGAGUUGGCCGACUUGAAGUCCAACAUCACCUCGAUGGUGCAGCUUGGAUCCGUCGCUGGUGCCAUGAUUGCCAUGUACACCGUCGACAAGUUGGGCCGUGUUAAUGCAUUGAGAGAGGUUUGUGUUAUUUGGAUUGUUGGUGUUAUUAUUCAGAUUACUUCCUACGACGUUGGCCAGCUUUACGCUGGUAGAUUCAUUGAGGGUUUGGCUAUUGGUCAAACAACAACCAUUGGUCCCACUUACUUGGCUGAGGUUGCUCCUAAACAAAUCAGAGGUCUCUGUGGCUGUAUUUUCGCUGGUGCCGUUUACUUGGGUAUUAUGUUGGCUUACUUCGCCCACUACGGUACCGCUUUGCACAUGACUGCCUCUCACAGAAUGCAGUGGGUUGUUCCCACCAGUUUGAAGAUUAUCUUUGCCGGUUUGAUCUUGAUCAUGUCUUUCACUUUCACCUGGGAGUCUCCCAGAUGGUACUUGAAGGUUGGCAAGCCCGAGAAGGCCAUCGAGUCAUUGUCCAAAUUGAGAAAGCUUCCUCCUGACCACCCUUACAUUGUUGGUGAGAUCAGCGACAUCAACGAACAGAUUUCCGUCGAGAAAGCCGCUGUUUCUGGUAACUCUGCCAUCGGUGUUGUCAAGGAAUUCCUCAUGAAGAAGGCUAACAGGUAUAGAUUUUUCCUUGUUGUCGCUGCCGCUCAGGUGUUGGGUCAAUGGUCUGGUGCUAACGCUGUUACCAUUUACGCUCCUGAAUUGUUCGCUGUUAUCGGUGUCACUGGUGUUGAAAAGAUGAAGAUGACUGCUAUCUUGGGUUUGGUGAAGUUCUGCUCGGCCUACUUGUGUGCUUUCUUCAUCAUUGACUUCUUGGGCAGAAAGACCGCCUUGUACAUGGGUAUCACUCUUCAGAUGAUCUGUUUGCUUUACUUUGCCAUUUUCCUUACCAUCGUGCCAGAGGCUGCUGACGAGGACCACCUUAUGACCGGAAGCCAGGCUAGAGCCUCUAAAGGUGCAUUGGCAGCGCUUUUCCUUUCUGGAUGUGGCUGGACUAUGGGUUUCAACUCGAUCCAGUACCUUUUGGGUUCCGAGAUUUUCCCAUUGAACAUCCGUUCUUUCGCUCAGUCGACUGUCAUGGUUUUGCACUUUGCCAACCAGUACGGUAACUCCAAGGCUUUGCCCAAGAUGAUGAUCUCGUUGCAGCCAUAUGGUGCUUUCUACUUCUUUGUUGGUGUGUUGGUGAUCUCGCUCUUCUGGGCCUGGUUCUUCGUUCCAGAGGUUGCUGGUCGUUCUUUGGAGAGUAUGGAGGAUAUCUUCAAUUUGCCAUGGUAUCUUGUGGGCAGAAAGGGUCCAGAGUUGUGCCCUGACCACUCCGAGCUUAAUAGAAUUCACUUCGACCACGGAGUCAUGUCUUACGAACAGAAGAACUCGUCUCGGGAGUUUGUGGAGGACGUUCUGAAGGAACGUGAUGAGCUGAUUCUCAACAAGGCCAAAUAG